AUUGACAUAAAAAUAUUGAACGCGCACUUUGGAUUUAUUGUAUAUCUGCAUCGCAUAGUGAAAAAAACACCACACAACAUAUUACAUUGCAAAUGCAUAAUUACCCUUAAAUUUUUCGAAAAAAAAAACCAUAUAAUUUGUUUUUUAUCACAUACCUUGAAAAUUGGAAACUAUUCGAUAUUUGUUUGAAACAACAACAAUAAGAAAAAUGCCGGCACCAGAGGAUGGCAAAUUGUCGAAUGGAACGGAAACGAACGGAACAAAAGAUCACAAUGGAUUCGGUUAUGCGGACGCAAAUAAGAGUUGGGCUUAUUUAUUGCUGUUCAAUUUGUCAAAGAUGUGGCGCAAUGGAUCCAGUUCAAUUGACCAGACGUUAGAACAGUAUGGAGCUUAUGAAGUUCUUGAUUAUAUCGUUACACAUUUAUCGCGACAUCCAUUUUUGGCAUUUGGCAUGUCGAUUUGCGUGCUAUCGUGUGCGUUGCCAUUUAUCAUUUUCAUGAUAUUUGCUAUUGCGACUGUGAUUAUGACUUUUACAAGUUUCGUCAUCAUUGAAGGAACGUUAAUAACAAUGGCUUCAGCUUUAUUGUUUGGAUUUUUGGGAGCUGUCAUAAUUUUCUUCUUGUUCUUUGGAUUCGUCAUGAUGGCCGGAUACUUUGGAUUGGUGCAAAUCUACGAAUUGCUUGAUUAUCCAAACAAACGUCGUGCUAUUGUCGACUACUUUCGAAGCACUCCAGCAAAUCCAACAAAGAAAAAGAACUGAAUGGAAAAACUCGCCUUAUUUUGGAGAAGAACUGAACUUAUUAUGUCAGUUUUGCGUAGCAGGAAUCACAUUCCAUCAAAUGCACAUCAUAAAAUAGAAUUCCAAAGAUAAAAUGCACAUUUUUCGGUCUCAAAGUUUAUGUUUAAUCAAAUAUUUAAUGUUAGUUAUGCUAUAGAAUAAUUAUUUCGUGCUCUCUCCUUUAGCAAUAAUAUUUUUUUUACAUUUAAAAUCGCAUCGGAUAUAUUAUUAUGCAUUAAAGAAAAUAAAUGUCGAUAUUUAUAUAAAUGAAUAUUGUUCAUGAUUAA